GUGUGGCAAUACAGCUGUACGGUAGCGGCGUAACAAGUGGUGAGUUGUGCGAGACGCAGAGAGAGCGUGGAGUGUUAAACCGCCAGAAUGGAGGCCCGGCAGCCGGCGACGUGGAUAAUCUUUACACUGCUGAUCAGCGUCUGUGUAGCACAGAUAGAUGACUGCAAUAUGAAGACGGAGUUGUUCAGUCACAGAAUACAGACGGAUAUCCGGGCGUGCUCCGAACAGUUCCACCAGAACUUACAGGCCUACUACCCCACGGCAGAGCAGUUCAUGAAGGCUGUGGAGAUACAACCUCCCCGAUCCCUCUCAGCUCCAGUAUCUCUGAAAUACUCCUCCGUAGGAGACAGUAUUUUCUUCUCCAAUACAUCCAACUGGGGAGAGAUAUGUCAGCUAUGGGUACAAGCUGCCGAAUGCUUGGAACCCGCCGUCAUGGACUGCGGUAUCGCUUUGGCUUUCAAACUUCUUCAGGAUCGCUUGUACGCCUUCCAGUUUAGUGACAAGUCUAAGCCCCAGUAUCUGGCUCCGGAAUACGCCUUCUCGGAGAGGACGUGCGAGAGUGGAAAAGUCAGGGCCGAUCUACAAAAAGACUUGGACAACCCUGAGCUGGACCUUUCUUGUCUGACUCAUGAGCAGAGAAUUCAAUUCAAGCAAUGUGUGAACCCGCUGAUUGCCGAAGUGAAAGCCCACGAAAUGAAGUCUAUUUAUUCCUCAGUUUCGGACAAGACUGUUUUGGAUAGCAUGAGUGGAUCCGUCCUACGCUGUAUACGGAACAUGCUGGACAUGAGCACAUGUAACACAGUCAGCCAGAAGAUUUGGGCACACAUAGGGAUUGUAAAUCUGCCCGCCUUCUUCGUCAACCCACCUGACGUUGAACUACCAUCUAGUUACGAUUUUUCCGAGCCAGCCCGAUGCACUGUAGGAGCGUAUGGAGACCCUCAUUUCCGGCUGUGCUCGAAAUCUAAAUUACUCACGUGCUCGUUGCCAGGGCAACACAUCUUUCUUUCCAAUCACUUUGUAGAGAUCCGGGCAACCAACAGUAAAAUUCCAACAUCUGGUAUGGUCCGACCGGAAGCCACGGCCAUAACAAGGAUUCAAAUUACGUUUAAAUCUGUGAAGACUUCAGAAUCAGUCGGAAUGUACAUAGCUGAAAGUGGUAACCUGCCUGAAACAUUCAACGGAUUUUCCCCCAACAAGAUUGGACACGGUGACGAUGCUGUUACGCUAUCAGCCAUGGGCAACAAAAGGACUUUCAUUCAAGCUGGAACUGGCACAAUCAUAAUUAUCCGGAAGUGGGGAGACUUCUUCCAUUUUACCUUGAGAAUGUCGGAAAAAGUCAUCAACGACUCUUACGGCGUGCUAUUGACCGGAUGUACUAUGUUACAGAAGAUAAACACCAAUGGUUGGAUACAGAACCAUCGCUCUCGUAUGAAGCGUGAUGUGAACGUGGACCACUGUAUAGACCAGUGUAAUCCAGUGGCAACCGAGUUUGGUCUUCAGAAAGCAUGCGCCUUUGACUGUGGGGUAACAGGCAACGCUAUGUUUGUCAACAUGUCCAUGGACGCGUGGAAGGAUAUGGUUGCUGUUGGGACGCGAGACGAUUAUUUACGGAAACAGGCGAUCAAGAGUUGGAUAAGAGAACGAGGCGGGUCAUCCAGUGCUUGCUUUCAUUCCUCUUGUUUUUUCUUAGUUGUACUUUUCUCAAUAAUUACUGUCCUCUUGAGUCGAUAGCGUCCACUUAAUGUGUAAAACCUAAUGUGUAUAUAUUUGAUUACAGUCAGACUGUCGGCAGUUUAUUUAAUGUACAUAUAUUGAAAAAAAGUUAUUCACAUAGACACAGUGUCAUUAAACGGAGAGUUGGUUAGCGCGCUAGCACAGCGUAAUGAUUUAGAAGCCUCUCACCAAUACAGUCGCUGUGAGUUCAAGUCCAGCUCAUGCUGGCUUCCUCUCCGGCCGUAAGUGGGAAGGUCUGUCAGCAUCCUGCGGAUGGUUGUGGGUUUCCCCCACCAUAAUGCUGACCGCCGUGGUAUAAGUGAAAUAUUCUUGAGUACGGCGUAAAACUCUAAGCAAAUCAAAAAAUAAAUAAAUUAAACGGAGAUCUUGCAGCUGCUACAGAUGUUGAUUCGUCGAUGACCAGAUCUGAAAGAAAGCCUACUCCCUUUUCGUCCAUUGUUCGAAUUUUCGUUUUUAAGUCAAUUAUCUGCUCAUGUGUUUAUUGGAUGGAUUGACCAUUCGGAUUGGUACUGAUUUGAUUUCAUCAAGUGAAGAGAGGUCAUCGUGAUAACUUGAAUUAGUUGGUACUUCAGAUUUCGUUAGCAACAAGUCAGUAUGUAUGGAGCGGCUACUUGAUCUGACUAAUGGCAUUGAGCUUAAACUUAUAGCAUUAAAUGUGAUUGUGAUGUCAGGACGAUGUGAUUACAGCUGACGAGCCAUCAUCUCACAAUGUCAAGGCCUUUGGCGACACGUGCGUAUUCAUGAGGCAGAUAGUUCAUGAAUAAUAAUACCUCUUCCAACCAAUAGAAUUUAGACUAUAGGUUGAUAUAGCCUAUAAGUGGAUGUGACACAAGGUUGUAUAUAAACAGUAUGACUGCAACAAAGCCAGUGGUUAAGUAGUGGGAAAUAACUUUUCUCUCUCAUAAAGGAAAUUUUUGUCAAAAGCUGACCGUGUCACUAGAGGGUUUUAAGUCAGGAUUACAACUGUUGUGCCCUUUACUUUGGGACAAAAUGGAGCAGAAAUGAAAAAGUUGUCUUUCUUAAGUCCGAAACCUAUGUUGAAAAAGUCCUACAGACCUGUUUGUAAUGUAAAAGUAAUUUAUUUUGCCUGCAUUUAUAACUCGCUAAACGUCGCAAAGGCUAUACCGGGGAUAUUUCGCAAGAAAUCGAUCAGCCCAAAUGAAAUAGAAUUUUUUCUCUUAUUUUAAAAUAGCCCAAAUAAUUAACUUUCAUAAAAUGUCAUCCGUGCUCGUGUUACCGUUCAAAAUUAGCAAUAACUUUCUAAAAUUUAUAAUGCGGAUCGCAUUGUAACUUUUUCAAUUUUAGAAUGAUUUUAAUACUAUAAAUAGUAGGCCUAUAGGUACGAAACUGAUGCUUACUAAAAGGGAAUAAUUUAAGCCAUAAUUCUGGUUAAAUAAAGAGAAUUUGAAUUGACUACCGAUUAUGGAUUUUGUUGCACCAAAUCUCCGGUAUAACCUCUUAACCAUUGUGUCAAUUGGUAUACCCUAGGCUUUUAGAAAACCACCUGUAGCGUCAUUGAGCGCUAAAUGUAUGGAGAGGUUUGAACUAGGGGAGGUAAGCCAGUCUGGAUUGGACUCGGCAGCUAUAAGAAGCCACACGAACGUUUGUAUGCAGUGAUGACAUAUAUAAAGACAUUCCCUAUACGGUGUUAAGGUUAUGUGUUGGAGGAGCGAACUGUGGUAUAAAGUAAAUUAUAUUUAUAUACAAAACUGCUAAUUAUUCAA